UUGUCAUUCUCUCUCUCUUACUUUAUUUUUCUCUCUUUUUUGUCUAACAAUCUCAUCUCCUUCUUCUUUGUCUUGGCCAUGGUGCACGAUUUAGCGUUGUUUGGGAGAGAUGAAGCUGGAAAUGAUGCUUACCAUGGCAGCCAUGGAUUCCGGCGAGUUCGCACCCUUUCAGCAGACACAUGCAUUAAGAAAAAGGUUAUUGAAAUUAGAGAACAACUCAAGAGGAUAGCACUUCAGAUAGGCAUAGUAUUAAAAUCAUGUGAAAAAGAUUUUCUGGCCAUAAGAAAGGCAGUAACUGCCGGGAUUUUUGCAAAUGCAUGCCGUUUAGAGUUACUACUUGCUGUGAAACAAUAUCGAGAGCAGGGUAUUUGUCACGGUAAGAAAGAGGCUGACAUUAUCAAUGAAAGAAGAAAAAAAGACUACUUGAAAAAGAUAUGUUGAUUUGUUUAUUAAAUUCGAAAGAUGAUAAAGGGCAAGUACGUACUAACCUAUAUAUGAUCAAAUCAUAACAUUAUCGGAAUUCUUUUACCCUACUACUUGACUUGAGUUGUUAUUUUUAUUAUAUUUUGAAUAUAAUCUAUAAUCUAUUAAUUAUUUGAA